GUAAGCAUUUUGAUAGCGAUAGAGACAGCUGUUUUUCUGUUUACUGGCACCAGCCCUAAAAUAACGGCAGACUUUCUCCCCCCAGAACUUCUUCUUUUGGCCGAUGAAAAAUUUGACUUCGAUCUUUCGUUGUCUUCUUUAAGUGCGGAAGAAGACAACGAGGUCUUUUUUGGGCCUGUUGGGCACAAGGAAAGGUGUAUCGCUGCCAGUUUAGAGUUAAAUAGCCCCAGUCCCGCAGAGCCUCUUUUGCCGGCAUCAGGAAGCCCCUUCCGCUGGAGCCCCCUCAGCGGGGAGAAGUUCGUGGAGGUUUACAAGGAGGCUCGCUUGCUGGCCUUGCAGAUAGAGAGCAGCAGCAGGAGCGCGGCCGCCCCAGCCAGGCACGAGGACCCCGGGAGCCAGGCCGUGGAGAGGUUUAUACAGGAGUCCAGGUUAAAAAUGGACCUGUUCGAGAGAGAACAUAAAACCAAGAAAAGCCCCAACUCACUUAAGAGGGAGACGUACUACCUGGCAGACAGCCCCCUGGGGGGACCGCCGGCGGCGGGGAUCCAGCCCCCCUCGGGCGCGGGCCCACAGCGUGCUCCUGCCCAGGCCGGCCUCCCCCAGACGCAGGGCCCGCCGCUCUCUUCCUGUUCUCUGCCCGUGGACCCAAGUCCCGCUCACCCUCCGAACCUGGCAGCCGCUCAGAAGAAGGUGGUCAGCAAACUGCUGCGGCCCCGCGCGGCGUCUGUGAGAGGAAGGAGCACGCACUUGGCCCUGGAGAAGCCUAUGAGAGAAAAACCAGCCAGUCCUUCCAGGACGAAAACCCUCAGUGAAAAGGAACCCCGUGGGGACAUGCCCCCUGACAAGCCCAGCGCUGCCCAGGAUGCUACCAGCUUGCCAGCCAGAGGAAGCCACCUGGUCCAGGGCAAGCGGUCGCUCCCUGUGCCUAACAAGGUGGGGCCGAAGAAAACCCUGUUAAAGCCACCUGGCUGUGCUGUCAGUCUCGCAAGGAAGCCCCGUUCCCGGGGGUCUGUCUCUGGCGUGAGCACCAGUGUGUGCACUUCCCCAGCGGCUGGCACAGCUAAAUCAAGCGAAUGCCCAAGCGUCUCCGCAGAGAGCUCCCGGCCUCCUUCCAACCCCAGCCAGCCAGGCCGAGCGGGAGCCACCGCUGUCCGGCCGGCUCUGCAGGCGGGCCCUAGCCGGUGCCCCGGGCUGGCCGAGCCCGCAGCCGAGCCGCCCCCGGCACCCGCCACGCCGGCUCUCCCCCAGCCACGGACGCCGGAACAGGGAGGCCCGAGGCUGAAUGCUCAGUCCAGUUUGCCCCGAUCUUCUCAGCUGAGCCGGGCUGGGAGUGCCAGGCGAGACUCCAUUCUGAAUUCCAAGUCGAAGGGGACGCCUGCCCCUACGAACCAGUUUAAAAUUCCCAAGUUUCCUACUGGUGAACCCCCAGACAGCACGACGCCCAGGUUCUCUCAGGCACAGAGGCCGCAGUCCUGCGCGUCGGCGGGGAGGGUCGUCUACAGCACCCCUGCUCGGUGUUCCUCAGGGCUGGCCCCAAGGACCCCUGUGAGCACCAAACGCAUGUCCUGCUUGCCCACACCUGCCAGCCGUCGGCUCUCCGGCCUUCCAUGGGUGACCCCUAAAACCAUGCCCAGGACUCUGGCUUCUCCCCUGUGUGCAUCUGCUCGGAGACUUUCCUCUGAGCCCCGGAGAAAGUCUGCAGUGAGGACUGCUCCAGGGAGUGGAGGCAGGAGCCAGGCCGCACCCCGGGGCUCUGCAGUAUCGCCUGACAAAAGCUUUUCUCCUCGGGCUGCGGUGCCGCAGGCUCUCCGGUUUUCCCCAGAAAAGGGUGAUGUCACUGUUCCAGAAAGUUUCCCCACAGAACCAGCGCUGGAUGAGGAACAGCCACCCGAGGAGACGGUCCCCCAGGAGGCUGUUCUUGUGGACAUCCAGCUGGAUCAGCUUCGCAUCACUCCGAAGGCAGGAGGCUCGCCCCUGGCCGACUACCCUCUCAUUGACUUUGGCAACACUCCAGAGGCGAACGUGGCCCUGGGAUCUGAAAGUCGGCCUCUGAUCGACCUCCUGGUGAACACCCCGGACACAGACAGAAACACUGCACCCAAGCCGCUCCGCGAGGUGGGACAGCUGAUAGAUCUGUGCUCUCCUCUGAUCCAGCUGAGCCCCGAGGCCAACAAAGAAAACAUGGAGUCGCCGCUGCUCAAGUUCUGAGUGGAGUAAACUUCAUUUCACUCUUUGCUACGAGAACUGUCCUAGAGAGGUUUUCAACCCCUAGGAAUAAAUCCUAGGGGCAACUGUAUUGGAAAAAAUAUAUUUGAACCUAAGUAAAAUUACUGUGGGGGGUUGCGGGUUGGGGGGUGUUCAUACCCCCCUCGUUGUUGUUC